AAGCACUAUGUCAAACUUUUUUGAAACGGGGUCAAGUCACAUUCAGCCAGCGUGGGAAAGCAAGGGGAAAAAAAAAAGUUGAGGAGAGGGGAAAAAAAAAAAAAGCAAGCUGCUGCUGCUCCCAGGCUGAGCAGAGGCCGAGGGAGCCAGCGAGGGGAGGCAGCGCAGCGCAGCGGGGCAGCGGCCGCGCCGAGGGCCGGUGCCCGAGCCCCGAGCAGCCCCGGGCAGCCCCGCGGAGCCCCGGGCAGCCCCGCACCGGCAGGCUGCGGCCGGCGGGGCUGCGGUCGCGGCGCUGCAGCUCCCCGGGGACCGCCGGCCGCGAUUUUUAUUUCGCGUUUUCGUUUUCCCCGGGCAGGGUGGGGGCGGGAGAAGCGGGCUUGGGGGACGAGUGCGAGCUGCCUUCUGCGCCAAGGUGCGGUCCGGCGGCGGCAGGAGGAUGCGAGCCGAGGGCGGCCGAGCCGCGGAGCAGCUACCUGUGUGGCCCGGGCGGCCGCUGCCGGGACCUGCCGGAGACAUCGCCAUGUGAAGGGGCAGACCCCGGGCCGGCUCUCCACCCCGCCUCGCUCAAUGGGAGAUCUAAUUGGCUUUACGCAGACAAUGCUCCCAAAGACUGUAUGAUAAUUCCUGGUGGCCGAAAGAGGAGGCACAUUGGGGCCUGUACGGAAGAGGAACAAGAACAGGAGGGCAAGAGCUUCCUACUGCCCCUCUGGCAGAGGUACCAAGUGUGUGGCAUAUCUGCAACGCGAGCAAAGCACUAGUUUUCAGAAAGCAAGCGAGACUGAGAGACACCCCAAGGCACCUGCAGCACGGGAGGAGGAGGAGCAGCGCCAGCAUGGAUAAGGACAGCACAAACCUGGCUGACCAGCAGUAUGAGUGCGUGGCUGAGAUUGGGGAAGGAGCCUACGGGAAGGUGUUCAAAGCCCGAGACUUGAAGAACGGAGGUCGCUUUGUUGCACUGAAGCGGGUACGGGUGCAGACCAGCGAGGAGGGGAUGCCGCUGUCCACCAUCCGAGAGGUGGCGGUUUUGAGGCACCUGGAGACAUUCGAGCACCCCAACGUGGUCAGAUUGUUUGAUGUGUGCACUGUGUCACGAACAGACAGAGAGACCAAGUUAACAUUAGUGUUUGAACAUGUGGAUCAAGACUUGACUACUUACUUGGAUAAAGUUCCAGAGCCUGGGGUGCCUACUGAAACUAUAAAGGAUAUGAUGCUUCAGCUGUUUCGGGGACUGGAUUUUCUGCAUUCACAUCGUGUGGUACAUCGGGACCUGAAACCCCAAAAUAUCCUUGUAACCAGCAGCGGGCAGAUAAAGUUAGCUGACUUUGGCCUUGCAAGAAUCUACAGUUUUCAGAUGGCUCUUACCUCAGUGGUUGUUACUUUGUGGUAUAGAGCUCCUGAGGUUUUGCUUCAGUCCAGCUAUGCAACACCAGUUGAUCUUUGGAGUGUUGGCUGCAUAUUUGCAGAAAUGUUCCGUCGAAAACCACUCUUCCGUGGAAAUUCAGAUGUUGAUCAGCUAGGAAAAAUCUUUGAUGUAAUUGGGCUCCCAGAAGAAGAGGACUGGCCUAAUGACGUUGCCCUUCCAAGAAAUGCUUUUGCUUCCAGACCCGCACAACCUAUUGAAAAAUUUGUACCAGAUAUUGAUGAACUGGGCAAAGACUUGCUUCUUAAAUGCCUAGCCUUCAAUCCAGCCAAGAGAAUAUCUGCCUAUGUUGCCCUCUCUCACCCAUAUUUCCAUGAUCUGGAGAAAUGCAAGGAGAAUCUGGACUCUCACAUGUCAUCCAGCCAAAACUCCAGUGAGGUGAAUGCAUCAUAAUGCUGACUGAAGAUGAACCACAAAUGAACAAGACAUGUAGCUGACAAGGCCACUGUCCCAUACCAACCACAUAGCUGUUCUAGCAAAGAGCAUUAUUUGGAGGUUCUAUGCACUUAUCUUUUCUUUUGGGAUUGUGAUGUGCUUAUCCAGGAAAUCAAUCUAGUUUACUUUCAUCAGAGCAACAAAAGGGCCAGGGCUUUGACCUGCUCCCAUUGCAGCUUUAUGUUUGUUUUGGUUUUGUUUUGUUUAUCUACCUGGGAAAAUUCCAGAGGAAGAGAAGCUGCUGACUGGUUUUGCUGCCAUUUUAUCCUUUUAAUAUUGAAUGCUGCCAGUGUGGAGUAGGAUGAUCAAGUCAUUGCCAAAACAUGAUGCAAUCUCUCUCUCUAGCUGCUGAAGCAUGAUUUGGUACUUUUUUAUUAUUAUUAUGUGAUCUCUUACAGUGAUAUUUAAAGAAUGGCAUUGAAACAUCAGCUCUCUGCAACCUGCAGUUAACUGAUACACGCAUUAAUACAUCCAGCUGCUGUUAAUUCAUAGCAUAUAUGCAGGUGCUUCCCCACCUGAAAACUUGGAUGGAUUACUUUAUCAUUUAAUUGCUCUAUCAAAAUAACUGUGAUGAUGGUCAUCAAAAUAAAUGCCUCAACUUUUAGUUUUUUUCAUACACAAACAAGUUAUUAUCUAGCUACGUUUGUGUGCAUGUUGAAAAAAAACAAGUGUUUUAAAAAUCUUCUAGAGUCCUGCUGUUAAAGACUCUUUUUUCCAAAUGGUUAGUUUGUGUUGAAAUCCAGGCACGUUCUAGCCCAUCAUCUAACCCAUCAUUCCCCCCUGAAAACAGCUGCAAGCACAUUUUCUUUCUCUCAUUCCAAAUGUUCUGAUAUGCAGCUCAAAGACAUGAGCAGAGCCAAUGAAAAACAAUACAGAUUUUCACCUUCAACCUGUUAUGAAUAUCAUCCAAAAGGAAACUAGAAAAAAUAUUUCCAGUUCAGAAGCAGAGAAUCCUAUACCUGUAAUAAGCACAGAUAUAUGUUUGUGCUGAAUUGUAUGCUGUAUACCGCGCUGCCUUACCUGCAACACACCCCCAUGCAUCACAAGUGCAGGAACAUUACUGUCUCAGAGUCCCUCAGAUGUCAUUUAUUAAGCAGACUUGUUUUCUAUGCAGAAAUGCAUGAGCUUCUCUCCUAAACCACCAUGUGGGUAUACUGGCACAUGCUUUUCCAGUAGGGUUAAUGUGCCAUUAUUGAAUGUCAAAAUAACUAAGCAAUUCACAUGCCUUUACAGCACAGUUAUUUUAAAUAUUACAUUAAAUUUUUAUAUUUAGUAUUUUUACCUUAACUAAAAUAUAUUUUCAGUAUUUUAAAAAGAAACUUUUAUUUUUUUAAUACUGUACUGGGAAAAAAGAAAUAUUUUAAAUCCAUAAGAGCUGUUCCCUAGCACGACUUUAGUGCAUUUCAUGGAUAGGACUUGGGGGAAAAUAUUGAUCCAACGAGUUAGCCCGUAUCAUAAAACCAUAAAUAUACACUAUUGCAAUAUAACUGAUGAUAAGUGAGGCAGCUAGCUUUGCUUACUCCUGUGAUAGUCCCUUAGGCUUCUCUCUUCCUCAUCUCUAUUUCGUCUUGUCUAGCUAGUGAGCCAGCAUUAUAUCCUCAUUCACAGCAUGCUUGGCAGAAGCAGGUCCUUAGCAGUGAGUUGAGCAACAUAAUUUUUCCAGCUCUGGCAUGGGAACUUGUAGCCAUCUCCCUGGCAGGUUUCUCAGGCCUGUGACAGACUGGCUGUUGUGGCAAACUUCACUGUUAACUCCCUUUCAGGUAUCUGCACUGUCUGGGACACGGCCCAUUGCUAAGGUAGCGAGUGGAUCUUAUCUGUCUCUUGGAUAAAGCUUUUUGUUACUGUUGGACACAUAAGUAUGUGGUGUAUGGUCUGUUUUAAAUAACACAAUUUUUAAAAGGACCACUUGCAUGCAUGCAUGCAGUGGCCUGUGCUUUUCUUCAUGCCCAGAAUGAUGCCUGUGCAAAACCUACCAGCAUGAACAGGCAAGUUGCAAAUUAGGCCUGGCAAGAGCAUGCACGAGGCAUCUGCACACAGAGAUACUACCGAUGCAUAACACAAGGAUUUUGGAAGCUCUAUGAGCAGCAAGCUGAAGGCCAAGGAGCGGUCACAGCAGCUAACCCUCUAAUCUUGGCCUUGCCUCUGUCAUUCUCUCUGUUCCUACAUCCAAGGGGAACUGUGAACCCACUGCACUGGUGUUAUCUCAGCCCUAUUCCUCCACGGCCAAUGGACCUGAGUGUGAAUAGGUUUUAACAUUCAUAGAAAAGGAUGGGCCAGAAUGACAUUUUUGCUAACCGUUUUUAAACACUAAUUAGAACAACAAACAGGAGGCAUAAUUCAAGAGAAUCUUGUGACAGUGAAAAAUAGAAAAGUUUUGUACACAGUUUAGCACUUUUACAAACAUUCCAUAAUUUACCUGGCGCCAAGUUAUCAUACAUACGUUAUCAGGGCAUUCUGCUGGUGUGGCUUUCCAGCAGCUGUCAGGGAACUCUCCCAGAGCUCACCGACAACUAAUAUAGAGUGAAAAUGUAGGGGAGGAGAGGUUGUUUUCAAAUUAGGUUCAAAACUCUCAGAUAGGGAUGUGCAUCUGUUCUGUGUUAGAAGAGCUUGUUGUAUUAAGCUUAGUGAAGCAAAGGCUAGAAGAGAAUAUGAUUGCUGAAUAUAGGUGCGUUAUUAGGGUAAAACAUUAAGGAGGGAAGAGAACACUUUAAGCCAAAGGUUAGUGUUGGCCCAAAAACUAAUGAGAAUAUGGAAAUCACAAGGAAGUUAAUUACUGAAGCAGUAUUUCCCUAUCAGUAGUAUCAGAAAAAGAGCUCAGAGAGCAGUGGAGUAAAGCAGGGGCUGGCUUACGGACUCAAAAGCAGAGCUUCUGCAACAAUGGUGCUCUAUGUUGUCUAAUACAGGAUCAGGUUAUAAAUAAGGGUAUUCAGGAGAACUGCUUGAGAAGGGCUGCAUUAGUGCUCAUGUUCUGGAACAUCCUUCCAUGGGAAUGGCAGGAACGAGGAAAGAAAUCUGUCUUGGCAGGGUUAGAGAAAAGAUUUAUCUAAUGGGGUCCUUACUACUACCGAUUAGUACUACCUGCUAAUGGUAGUAAGGGCCUAGAUUCAAAGGACCAACAACUUUUCAAAUUACCUCCUUUUCAAAAUCUCUUUAGGAAGAAAUUCCAUUUGACACACCACAGGCUUAGUCUUAUCCCAGUCUUCUCUGCCAAACCACGGGGCUUCACUUACAUGAGUAAACUGAGAAAGCCCAUUCUCUGGCUGGGCAAAGUGCUGGCACUGGCUAAAAUCAUGCCAGGAAUCAUGCUUAUAAUUUGACAGUACAGACAACUGUGGGACUGUGCUUAAGCCCAUGCCCUUGCUCUUUUGAUUUUACUGGUAUAGCGCUAGUAUUUAAGUACCUUUACUCAUUACUGGCAUACAUGUAGGAUGUAGGAAUUGUGUACACGAAAAAAAAAGUGCUCCUUGACACGCAUGUUCUAGACUGAUGAAAACUCAUCAUACACCCUUUAAAGAAGACUUCAGUGUGCAGUUCUUCUUAGCAAUAACUAUGCCUGUGCAUUUCUACAGGAGCAGUUCAACAGCAGCUAAAAACCACUGAAUAAGAAAAAAUAUAUUAAAAAUAAGUAUAGGUAUUUAGCUUAUAGAGCACCCACAGCCAGGCACUGUGCUCUUCUCAGCAGAGAACAGGGUGUUCUAAAUAAUGGAAGGAGCAAUUUCUGUCUCCCACCAACCUUUUUUUUAUCACUACUACAUAAUUCUGCAGGAAAAAACAUACCCAAUAGCCAAGGAGGAAAAUAUCACCAAAGCCAGCUACUGAAGUGCUAAUUGAUGAACUGUAGCAAGACCUCUGGAACAGCCCUUUUCUCUCUUCACCCUGCCUCGACACUCACUCUAGCCCUCCAAUUCUUCUCCUUCAGCUUCCAUAAGGAAACAGGCUUCAGUGAUGCUCACAGGUGCUAUUUCCAACAAGAUUCUUCCAAAUUUUCAAUAAGUACACAGUGUCAAUGUCCCUUACGUCCUUAUUACCAAGUGUUGCUUCUUUUAGUCCCGUAGCCCAGAACCGAUGACUAAGAAAGAAUCCCUUUGUGCACCUCCUUGCUUACCCUUAGUUUUGCAUACACCUGUGUUGCCUUCGGUGUACCAAGUAGAAUUCUAGAAAUAGGGUUUGUGCAUAUUUCUGUGUAGGCUGUGCACACACUUCAGCUCUUUUUCAGCCUAUUAGUCCACAAUGGUGAAUGUUAGAGUACCUUUCUAUGUUGUUUCUGUCCUAAAAGACACCAAAACCCAAGGACGUCAUGUUUGCAAAAUACUGAAAUAUGGUGCUAUGUGUACAGACCCUUUCACAUGAAAGGAAUCAGUAAGUUGUAGCAUUUGAGUAUCUUGGGCAUGAGGAAUGGUGUCCAGCAUCAUAAUUCUCGUGUGGUUUUUACACUCGAUGGUUGUUUGUUGAAGAAGAAGAAAAUACUGUGCCAUGCUACUUUUCACAGGUUCGCUCACUCACUGUCUUUGGGAAGCAUGUUUUAUUAUAUAUAUAAUUCUCUCUACUGUUAGGUAUUAGGUCAAGUUUAACAUGGAAAAUAAAGAGAAAUCAUGCUGUUUUGGCCUUUCAGCCAACAAACUUGGAGCACUUAUCUGACUCACAACUGAAAACACAUCAGUUGUCAAAUAUGUAUAUGAAUCAUAAACCACAUAGUUUGGUUUAAAAGGCCAUGUAAAUUAAUUAUGUUCCAUGUAUAAGACACAGCUGAAUAAUGAGGAAGUUUAUUCUAAGAACUCUGUUUUAUAGAACCACUUUGCUAGUAUUUUUCGUAUACAGUAGUUUCAGGAAUAGAUUGAUUUUUGUAUUCAAUGUGAAUUAGAAGAUACUAGGCUAUUAGAGUGAUUUUGUUUUGUUAUGCUUGAAGCUUGAACUGAUCACAAGCUUAGGAACCUAACAUAUUUAUUUUAUUGCUACAAAACUGCUUCUAAAUAUCAAGAUCUUUUUUGUUGUUAACAGGAUUUCACACUUCUCUUAAUGUGUAAAUGAUUUUCUGAAAUUAGUGUAUUAGAAAAAUAUUUUCCAAACUGCAGUUGUGUGGGAAAAUUUAAGAAAGAUAUUUCACAGAGAAUAAUAACAUGUUAUAUACUGAAAUCUUCAGCAACUGACUGUUAAUAAGCUAUCACUUUUACUUCUUUUUGAUUACUAAGUAUUGGAGUAUACAGAUUACUUUCCAUUAAGGAAAAAUUCAGAAACAAUCUCUAGAAAAGUAAAUGGGACUUUAUAUGUUUAACCUUCCAAUCUCCAUUUUCAUAUCCAGUUUUUUGUGCAAGUACAGUUCAGGUGUGCAAAAACACAACAACAUUUUUAACAGUCUCACAGGCUGUACAACUCAAAUAUGAGUUCUAUUUGUGAGCUAUUUAUUUUAUUAUAUCUCUCUGUUUUGCAAAUUGUUAGAUAAUGGCUGUAAUAUAAUUCUAGUUUCUGGACCACACUCUGUAACCAUCAAAUCCCGGUAAUUUAUGUAAAACAAUAAGAAGCUUUCUCAUUGAUUUAAAUGAACUAGGCCAUUAAAAGAAGAAAGAUGUGGACAUAUGAACUGACAAAUAUACUUUUGCCAAAUGUUAUUUCAUCCCUUUAGUUUGAAGCUUAGCAAGUAUUACAUACUGAUAUGCAAUAUAUACACAAUAUAAUAACCAUAAAAAACACUUAGGAGUAGUGUGAACAGGUAAUAUAAAAAAUGUCUCAUCAGGUUCUUGCAGAAACCAGCUAAAAGUCAUUCUUUUAGCUGAAAUACUCAAUAUUUUGAAACUGAUAUAUUUUUCCAUUAAAAAUAUUCUGGAAAAUUAUGUGCAUGUUUUUAAUUCAGACAAUGAUAGGCACCCAAACAGAACUGAAUCAAAUAGGAACUUGUUCUCAAAAAGGAUUCUGUAAGGCGAAGUAGAUACCAUCAGUUCCUUAGGUAUUCGGCAGAAGCUGCAAUUAGCCAGCACCAUGCUUAGAUGAGCCUUUUGUUUCUGGGAAGAAAAGCCCAAGGUUGCUGUGAGUGAAGUUACUGGAAAACUUGCUUUGACUUAAAUAAAGCCCUUUGAGAGCUUCUGCAAUAUUCAAAUUUCCAGCUUUCCUUGAAAGACUGUGCAAAACACCUAAGAUAACCCAAAACUCCCUAACAAUAUGGCAUUAUUUCCUUCAGAUUAAAUGUUUUAUCUCUGUUAGAAUAUAUUGGGGGGCUUCAUCCAGCCCAAUGUCAGUGAGAGUUUUGCAUGGCUAGAGAAAGUAAGAAGAGAUUCUGCUAUGGAUAUUUUGAUACUGAAUGAUUGUGGUAGAGUAGAUCUUUUUGUUUUCAAAAAAGAUCAGACAAAAGAUAUUGCCUUCUUUUUAAAAAAAAAACAAACUGACACUUAGUAAAGAUUAAAAAGGAGAUUUUUAAGGAACUAUUGGGAAAAUAUUGCUGGGAUAAGGGAAAAGGAGCAUAUUUAUAAUGUGAAAAUGUAAAUAUAAACAAUGUGUAUUAAAUAUGCAUUGAAACUGAUAAUUUUUCACUGACCUUGCGAAGUUGAUAGGGUUUUAUGGAAGAAAAGAAUCCAACUAUGACCUUAUCCUAACUACCACUUUAAUAUUCACUUGCCCUAAAGCAACCUAUACUAUUUGACUGAAAGGAGAAGGGAAAACAAGUAACAUUUAAAAUGUGAUUUACUUUGGUGACAUCUACAUGGCUAUGCUGUAAAUCUCUCAAGCUCGCCAUCCAUUUUUGAGUGAGCUAAAUUGACAUCCACACUAUUUAGUUUUCUGCACCUUAAACCAAUCCACAUGCCAGAAAAAAAACUUACUUUCUAGUGUUUACAUGGAUACGUGCUCCCAUUCACAUGCUUAUGUUAAACUCAGCCAAAGAGCGCUGUCUCUGCCACUGAAUGGGAAAUAAAUUUUCACAGACGGCCAGCUUCCUUCGUGCAAUUACUCCUAAAGAGUUUGUAAUUAAUGUUCAACAAUAUGCAGCCUUUCCUCUUAUUCCAUGUUUCAUAUGUAUGUCAUGUUAUGCAAAUCCUCAGCCUUUAAAAAAAAAGAACAGUUCUUGACUGUUAGGAUCAAUUUUGAGUAGCUAGAUGAGAGGGGAAAGUUGUGAAGUGCUGCAAAGAUAGGAAAAUGGGCAGAGAAUAGGAGAGUUCUGGACAAUUCUGGCAAGCGAAUAUGAAUAUGUGGAAAAGUUAUGUGUAAGUGUAGGGGGAAGAUUUUUUCCCACAUGUUUUUUCUCCUGUCAUUCACUUUCAUAAGCAUAAGAUGAUAAAGCAAGACUCUUGCAUAGGAUUUUAGUUCCAGAUACUUAUUAUGCCAACGCGAGUCAUGAGUUCCAGUGCAGUUUUUCAGCAUAGCAACAGCUCCACUUUUUAAAUCAGAUUUUGCAGAAUCAGAGGGCUUUCUGUGUAAAUAGAUAUAUUUUUAAAAAGUCUUAUGAAACAGUUUGAGAGCGGGUUAAGCUGCACAAGACACUGCCUGUAGUUCAGCUGCAGACAUGGAGAAUGUACAACCGUAAUGCAGGAGGGUCACUAACAGUGUCCAUUAGUGAGCCAUAUAGUUGUGCAUUGCAAGCCGACUCCUGCCACAAAUUGAAAAUCCUUUGACAAUCCAAAAUGGCAUGCUUUUGAGCACUUGGACUUUGAUAAGAUUAUCUGCAUGUGGUUUUGCUGGAUUAGUCCAGGUGGUUCACCGUCUUACAGGAGCAAGUCUGAGGGCCUGGCAAGUCUGUCUGACACCCAGUGUAAUACUGCAGAACCAUUUGCAAUGGAAAAGGCUUUCCAUAGGUUGUAUGGCAGAAAUGGAGCUUUCUGAGCUGCUGUGCCAACCUGAGAGCUACCAUUAAUUAUCGUUAUGCCACCUCCAAAAAUAGAGACUACAAGGCCUGUGUAGCAUUUUGUUGUGUUUUGUCCAUGUGCGUGGGUGGCUGGGUAAGUGUUGGCACAGAGCGGCUAAUUUUGGUACUUCCAUUAAGCAUGAGCAACUAGGCUUGGCACAAAGACAAUUUCACAGUUCCAGGGAUGGGAAACCUCUAAUUCUACACAGUAGUUCUCUGGCAUUUGUUAAAUACAUACAGUGAUAGAUCACCCGGCCACUCACACCAUCCUUUCCUUAUCCCAGAUCAUCCUACUGUGACAUUGUGAAAGAAGCCCUGGGGAGUCUACUCCUCAACAGUCUUUCAACACCCUCCUUCCUCUCACUGCAGUGACACUUAAUUACCUAUCACUUGUAUCCAACCCUGCUGAUACUUCCACAGCCACUUAAGAAGCUUCGAGCUAAAUUACUACCUUGUGAUCCUGCAGCCCGCCAGUCUGCAGGCAGCCAAUGAUUUGUAUUAUAGUUUUUUCUUGCUUCUCAUUAGGAACUGGGAAAUACUACAGUGGAAUAUGGCAAAGUGUGUGCUACUUUUACACUCUUUGGUUCAAGCAAAGAGAUGAGCUAGAAUAGAUUGAACAUAAUGUGUUUGAUCAGCCAAAAGAAUUUUUGAUUCAGAAGAUUAUUAGCUAAGUAUAGAAGAUCCCUGGACAACUGUCUGUGAUGUACGUGUUUACAAGAGCAGCCAAUGAUGCUUCUGUUAUACAGAAGUUUUUAACAGACACAAACAAGACUAGCAGUGCCAGCCUCCUGUUGCUUAGCCCGCUUCCCUUCCCCUUCCCCAAGAUCACUAUUCCCAGGGAGAGGUUUCUUUCCAGCAUGAGGCAGAGCAACUAUGAAACAGUUCUUCCUUAUAUGAAGGUCCCCAACUCUCAAGGUGACUUGGGUGCAUGUAGGCAGUCAAGCUCAUUCCUUUGCUUUUUGCUAUGGCAGUUUUGAGUAGAGAGCCCUCCACAAGUACUAGGGACAGAUGGACCUUACCCCCAAUAUACUCUCCUGAGUCUUUCCAGGAUCUAGAGGGGACAGUAUGCUUACUGUUUCUAUGACAGUUGACUUUUUUGCAUUUUAAACAGCAGCAUUGUAAGAACUCCCCUAAGAAACCUCCCCUACUACACAAAAAAGAUGACUUAAUUCUGGGCGUGCUGUGGGAAAUGACCAAGUGUUUUAUUCCAGGUGGAUGAUGAUGUAUCUCAAACAACUAUCCUUCAUCAGUGAUAGAAAAAAAAAAAACAAACCCAAACAACAACAAACUGGAUUCAAAAUAUAGCCUGGGUCUGCAGAGUGCUAGCUGAAUAAGAAGUGCUUCUCAGUCUUUUUCCAGCAAGAUCCAAAAUCUAUCACAGUUUCUUGCCUGACUUUCUCUUGGAGUCCCUUGUAACAAAGGUAGCUGUAACCAUGGGUUGCAACUACAACAAAAAAUACAUUGGAAAUUGGAUGCUGGCAAGAAGUUUGUGGAUGUGAGGCUGCACCAGAUGGCUUAUAUAAGCUCAGUGGGGAUGUGCUCGUCUGAAAGUGUUGAACGCCGUGCACAUUUUGAACUGAAGUUACCUAUUAUGACAUGAUAGAAGGACAUCAGUGUCAUGAGAUUAGAGGCUGAAGGGACUGCAAAGAUUGAUCCAUCCAUUCCUUUUUCUCCCUAGAUGUGUAGCAACCCAGCGGUUUUUCAGCUUUCUUUUGGUUUGAUUUGUUUUAUUUCACCCACACCGCCACCAUUCUCCUUCCUAUUGUGCAUAAUAAGUCAAACAGAAAAGCAUUACUCUAGAUUACGAGCUUAAAACCAGAGCAGGCCAGCACCGUCUAAUAAUUUUGAUCACUCUCUGGUGGUCAGUAUUAAGUGAAUCAUUUGUCUCUGUUUAGAUUCCAACAAAGAGCAUUCAAUAUCCGUGACACCUUCCUUGCAUUCAGCACUGUUAAAUAACCUCCUGUCAUUCUCUGCAGUGUUCAAAAUCUAGCUUUGCCUGGAGACUGAGCUCCCCCCCUACAACCCACUUAGAGUCAUGGCAGUCUGGGCAAAAGAAGUUUACUUUAUGGCGGUGCUUUUCGGUAGGGAAUGGGAGCUGGUUCCAAUUGAAACAGGGCCUGAAAGAGUCUGGAGGGCUGCUAGCUAGGCAGCUUUCACAGGCAAGGCAGUCACUUCGGUUAAAGCGAGAAACAUAAUUUAAAAUAUAAAGAUGCCAUUUACAUUUCUGAUAGAAUCUGUUUUCUACACAAAGCUGCAUGAUUUUGGCACUGAAACCAAGCCCACAGGCACCUGUUUAUCCUCUCCUUUCAGUCUUUAAUUUCUUUGUAAAUUCUUUU